AUGGUGAAUCCAGUCAAUUAUCUUCCUCCUACUCUUAGCAACGACACCAUACGCGCCUUUGCCCUCUCCCAGUACCUCGCGAAUCCAAUUGCCAUUCAAGCCCUGAGUGUCACAGCUGAGUACCACUCCAUUUAUGUCCUGUCUUUCAAUCCAGCCGACGCAGACUAUCUCGUGGCUGUGAUGACCUGGCUGCGGAAGAACACCAAAGUCCCUAUUCCAUAUGUGGUUCGGUUCGAUGUCACUUCCAACAGCGUGCUGCAGCAUGAGACUACUCUUCUAGAGCGCGUUCGCGGCAAGGCCCUGCAUGAAAUCUACAACCCUCUCUCGCGGGAACAGCUGCAUCGUCGCUCUUGGAACGGAUUCUCGGGACUUGCCUUCGCCGCAGGCUCUCGUGAAACUUUGGUCCGUGUCUACCAACAUGAAAUCCGCUUUCACCCCUUCCUCAAGUCAUAUAGGGACCUUUUACCUCGCUUGGAUGUCUUGGUGGAUGCAUUCGCCCGUCAUUCGAAACUAAACUGUGCCAGCUACCGGUGGGAUCCUUCCCGGGCGUUCCUGCGGAACGGGCAGCGCAACGCGCGCGCCGUGGCGGAGCAGAAGCGGAUACGAGCGAUCUUCCAGCAGCGAUGCCGGACUCGAGGGGUCGGCCAGUUGCUGUUUAAUGAGCCAAAUUAUACUUCUUCGCUGCAGGAGACUAUGCAGAAUGGGAUUUCGUACUUGCGGGCGAUUGUCGAGGUUUGUCCUCGGGGGCAGAGAUAAGAUGAAGCUGCGCAGUGGCGGGAUGAGGUGGAGGACUGUUUGGAAGCGUUUAGUGUCUAGUAUUAUCCUUGUCGGGACUUGAUUAUUAGAGUGAUCCGAAAGGAAGAAUACCAACGUCUUGAAAGACGUUGGAAACGUCACAUGCUGCAGC